AUGACAAUGUCCACUGUUGUAAACAAUCCGUUGCAUAACAUCAAACCUAAUGAUACUGUAUUUCAACCGACAACAACUACCAUAGAGUCGAAUAACGAAUCGAAACAAAAUCAUAUGAGUCUUAGCACUAAUGAUAUUUUUCAUAUGGAUAAGAAGAAAACAAAAUCUACUACUAACGGAAUGGCAUAUUCUUCACUAGUCCUUAUGUCAUCUUAUGAUAGUUGUCGCGGAUUAUUCAAUGAUGAACUUCAUCAAUAUGGUAGUCAAUCAUUACCAUCAACUAGUACUCGUUCGUAUGCAAAACAAUUGAUUGAUUUAUUCCCUGUAUUUGGUGGUAAACGUAAAACUAUUAGUUAUUUUCAAAAAACAUCCUCAUCAAUUACAUUGACAGAAGCAUCACGUAAACAUUAUAAUGAUUUAUGGGUUGGUUCAUUAAAGUGA